UCGGCGGCGUUGCUGUGGGUGUUUGGCCGUUUGGCAUUCAGCGAUUUCGCUGUGCUGUGUUGAUCGUUGGUGAUACUUUUAUUUCUUUUCUUGCCGAGUGUGUUGCUCGUCGUGGCUCCCAUCGUUCAUUUACUCGCUCGCGUGGUGUCCACUUGCCAGGAGGAUGUGAUUUUCAGCGAGAGCUACCGAUGCGCUUCUUCUUGCCUGACAGAGCAGAAGGAAGUCAGGUGCCCCUCCUGAGGACCAGGAUCAGCACAGACAUGCAGAGCAACAGCAAUGCCGUGGAGAGGCAACGGUCGACCGACACGAUUGUCCUCAAGGAAGGAGGCCGCGUGGACUGGUUCCUCUUUGUGCGCAAACUCCACCUGGAGCUAUUCCUCUUUGUGUUUGCCAUGUCCUACUCGAUGCGACUCAUCCUCACGCAAGACCUGUUCCUCACCAAGGCCUGCUGGUUCCUCUACAAGAUGGACAACGCGGCCUGCCGGAACCUCUCCUGGAACAUUACCAUCAAGGACGACGUCACCCGGCACGCCAACAUCAACAACUUAUGCCUCUUCUUAAUCCAGUUUGUGCCUGCAGGACUGCUGUCCAUAUUCCUCAGCCCGUGGAGCGACAAGUAUGGGAGUAAGAUUCCAAUCUUGGUGGCCGUAGUUGGGGGUAUCGUUCAGGACCUGACCACACUGGUCACUGUGCUGGUGUGGACGACACCCACCUAUGUGACUGUUCUCUGCGGAGUUCCCAACGGCCUGAGCGGGGGCCUCGUCUCCGUCUGCGCGUCCGUCUACAGCAACGGCGCAAAGACCGUGUCCGCCGAGCUGAAGACGGUCCGCUUCGCGUGCAUUCUGACGGCGUUGACACUGGGGUUUCAGUUGGGGAUGUUUGUCGGGGGUCAGAUUUUCAACGCGGCAGGUUACCUGCCCAUCUACGCGACAUCUGCGGGCCUCUUGGCACUCAUGGUGACGUGGAUAUGGUGGACGGUGCCUUUUAGUUCCCAGCUGUACUGCACAGGGAGAAGAGAGCUUAUUCGAGAUUUGCUCAAGGUGAACAAUUUUAAGGCGGGCUUUCAGUCGGUGUUUCGUCGGCGGCCCGGCAGGAAUCGAACUAAGUUGUUGCUGAUGAUGCUGUCCCUGUGGUUCAUUCUCUUCAACAGCGAAACCGCGCGAAGCAUCAACCUGUACUACACGAAGAGCCGUUUCGACUGGGGGCCGCUCAAGUUUUCGAAUGUCACUGCCUUCUUUGGCCUCCUGCAGCUGGUGGGAACAGCCAUCUGUGUGCUCAUUUUCAGCAGGUUCCUGCAGUGGCGGGACCCAGCCCUUGCCAUCAUCGGUGUUGUCGUCUUCAUGCUGCAGAACAUUAUCAAAGGAUUGGCAACCAAGGAAUGGAUGUACUACCUCAGUUAUGUAGUGGGAUCUCCUGGAGGAGCAGCUGCUGUUGGCAUCUCUUCUUAUGCCUCCAAGUUGAUUAGUCCGUACGAAGCGACCAAGGUGUUCUCCUUCUGGACAACGUGCGAAUCACUGGUUCCUGCAUUUGGAGAUGUCUUCUCAUCCCUGGUGUUCAACGCUGCUCUGGAGUACCAGCCAGGGUUACCAUUCCUUAUAGGAGCUGGUCUUCAACUUUUUCCCCUUGCUGCCCUUGUGUAUUGCCUGCGUGUGGCCGAAGCAAACCCGGAGGACGACGACGACGAGCUGCUCGGAGAGCCAGAGCCCAUGACCAGUCCCGUGGACCAGUAGCCACACCGUGCACGAACCCCCACCUGCCCCAUAACCUGCUCACGUGUGCAUUUACCUAAGUGUCUUCCGAGAUAAGUCGACGUAGAUGGCUUGGGUGGUUGCGCAAUGUGUUCCGCGUAACCUAUGUGCAUGCGAGAGUUUUGUAUGAAAUGGUAGAAGGGCUAGUUGUGACACGUUCAUAGGGGAAAACGAAACUUAACAAAUGCUCGGCUGGUUCUUUUUUGUGUUUUUUUUUUUUUCGUUUUUUUUUUUUUCUUUUUCCGUUUUUUUAUACAAAAAGUUGUAUAUUUUACCCUCUAUUUUAUUUUGUGGUUGCUUCCAUGUGCCACGACUUUUGAACCAAAAACGAUGAGGUAUAUCUGCCUGUGUAAAUAUACACCCUUGUAGUGGCUACGCUUCGAAAAAUGAGUGCAAGUCAACAUCGACGUGUACAUCUUAAUUGCACUUUUCCUUUCUGGUUCUGUUUUUUUGUUUGUUUUCCUUUUUUUGUAAGUUUUUAUCAUGCCUUUGCAACUUUACUUUGCUUUUCUUCUGAAUUUUUAUCUUUUACAAACGACGUUGGCAAUUUGGUGGGGAUGUCUCGUUUAUUUAACGUGAAUGGACCUUUUUUUACAAUGGCCUAUGUGCAUGCGCAUGACCUUGAGGCGCCAGAGAGGGUUGCCUCCGUCUUCACUAGAUGGCACAGUAUGUGGACGACAGAAGUGGGGACCAGUGGGGAGACCGCACGAAAGGCGCAAGCUCGUCGGUCCCACUCCGGAUCGGUUUUGGUCCUUCGUGCUACCCACGUAGAUUUGUUUUGACGCGCGCCGAGUGUGCUUUGCUGGAGAGCCGCUACAAUACGACGCGUAUGUGAAGAAGGUCCAUUGUACUCUGUUUGCACCUCAAGAUGGCAUUGUUCAACCAUGGUCGUGCUUGCCAGCUCUCUGGACAAACUGUGGAAAAAAUGGGUCUCCAAUAAUAGGCCCAGAAUGGACUCCAAAAUGUUAUGAACAUUCAGUGUUUGCCCGGCACAUUGCGGAGCUUGGUCUUCUAUUGUGACUGAUUAUUUCUGUAAAGUUUUACCGGGUAAACUGAGUAAAUUGUUGAUAAGGUCACCGUCGAACAGCCACUGGUUCAGUCUCCCUAUGCAGUGAUUGAUUUUGAUUAGGGGUGUGCGAAUCCGAAUAUUUUAAGUCGAACUGAAUGGGGGGAAAAUUCCGAAUACCGAAUCGAAUAUCGAAUAUUAGUGCAACAUUUACAAUAUGUGACUUUCGCACUAAAAGUUUCCAUUUUGUAGCCCAUGGCUUUAGUGUAAUUUUUCUGGCAUUAACUGUCACAAGAGAGACAUGCAAUUCUUCUGUUUAAAGCCCCUACUCUUUAAUUUUAUGUGAGAGUGCUUCCUGUUUUUCAGGUGAGCCUACACUUACUGGAGUGGUUACCUUCAUUUCAAAAUUUUAUGUCAGGCAGUAGCACAUUAUACGGAUGAGGCUGUAAUUGUUUCAGACACCAACAGGCCAUUUGUUAAACAAACGAAUUGGCAUCCUGCCUCAGCUUUGCCCAUGAACACCUUUUAGUUUCUUUGCACUUGCCCUAGAAAGUUGCACUACUGAAAUUUUAGAUGUAAAGGACAUCUUUACAACACCUUUCUUGUUCGUGAGAUGUAGUCGUUAUUCGAGAGUUCUAACUUUUUAAAGGCAACCUCACAGACAUCAAAUCAAAGUCCCUCGUCGGCACCGCUAAACUGCAUGUGGGAGGGGCGCCACCACUUCCACAGACGAUGUUUACAAAGCUAACUUCGGAUAACGUUAUCUUAAACUAAACACCGUCCCGCCUGUGUUGGUCCUGCGGCAAAGGCAAUUUCGUAAAGCGGGCUUCACCUCAUGCACGGAAGCAUCAGGUGAAGCCAACUUUCGGGUUGUGUCGUUCAUAUUUGUGAAAUAGUCGAAUAUUCGAAAAAUCGAAUAUUGGUUAUUCGAUUCGCGAACCGAAUAGUUCUGGCGUUUGAUAUUUGAUUCUAAUUCGAGAACUCGAAUAUUCGCACAGCCCUAAUUUUGAUAGGUGAAUACUCAAAAGAGCAGUGAAAUGCAUUGUCAAAAAAGCGAACUACUAGGUAAGAUGGCGUAGAUGCUGUCACCUGUGUGCCACGUUUCUUCAUUGCCCAAGCUCAGGCUCUACUCAACUACCCCCUCCUCUCCCCCCCCCCCCCCCCAAGAAAAAACAGUUAGGAAAAAAUAUAUCCUGAAAACUUCAGGGCUGAGUUAUAAGUAGGGCCUGACUUUUUAGGGUUAAACCCGUAUCCGCCCGAUAUUUACCCCCCGAAUGAAAUCUGUAAAAUUCGGGUUUAACCCGAAUCUACCCGAAAACAUCUGGGCCGCGUGGCACACUCAUAAGCGUGCAUUCAAAUAAAGUUUGAUAACAUUGCUAAACAUUAGUUCCAUGUUAAGACAAAUUUUUAUUAAACAAAAAAAAAUCACCCAAAUACACCCGAAUUCCUGACGACAGAAUAUGCCGUAACGGGAUUUAACCCGAAUACACCCGAAUUUUCAAAUGAAAAAUAUCACCCGAUAUUUACCCCCCGAAUCUGGCCAAAAAUAAAACCCGAAAAAGUCAGGCCCUAGUUAUAAGCAGGUAUUUGGCAUUUGCUCAUGCAGCUGUGUCAAGCCUAGAUCCCUUUGGUGAAACUUGUGAUCUAGUGAGGGUGUUGAGGAGACCGUUCUGUUUUGUGUGACAUGGCAGUUGUCUGAUUCAAUGACGGUGAUUUUGACCUCUAGUUACUUCCUUCUAGUUACUUCACCGCUUCUUUACGAAGGGAGGCUGAACGUGGCUUCCUCCUUGCCUUUGUUGAUUGUCGACCCCAUUUCUGGUGCGUGUUUCCCAAAGAUAUCGUCUUAGCUGGUUGUGUGAACGUUUUGUGCCCUUACUACUUCUACAACUUUUUGGACAGCGACUCCGACGUUUUGCUGGGUUUUUGUGAAGACUCUUAGGCCACCAGGUCGUGUGACAACAAAUUCAAAGAAGUGCCUCGAACAGCUAGCCAUUGUUUUGUUGGGCACGCUUUUACUUCUGCAAGCACUUUUCUCGUUCGAAUUCUUGUAACGAUUUUUUUUUUACAAAGAUUUUCUAGGCAUUAUUAACGAAGCAGGCAACUGCCGGACCUUUCAAGGUUGAUUUGGUGCUGCUCUGGAAGUCAUUACAUUGAACUGGAAGUUGCACUUUACAUGCCAUACCUCACCACAAGGGGAGGUUUGCACUUUUAUUUAAAUCUUCUAGUCAUACCCUUCGGGAGUUAGCUGAUUUUUCGGAAGGGAAGUAAACGCAAACUACGUGUUUAGCAGGAUGGCAUAGUUUAAUGCCUACGAAAUUAGACUAUUCCUGUUGCCUUCUUAUUGCCACUGUUUACAGUUCGCAUGUUGUUCAUCCUGUGGGAAAUGCUCAUACAAUCAUGUACAGUGGGGCCUGUUUACAUCAGUGUGGGGGCAAUGUUUGCACUCAAGCACUGUUGGAAAUAGACAGGUUGUUAUUGGCACGUAGUAGGUGAAUGCAGGGCUUUCGCACGUCAAAUGAUGCUGCAGGAGAAGGUGCAACCGCAGUUUAUUUGCAGUUGGACAUAGUCCUGCAGCUCUGUUUCCUUCAGGCACUGCAGUAAACAAGCCCCACUACAUCUUGUCUUUCGUCAAAACAAGUGCAGUUCCCCCCCCCCCCCCCCCCACCUCACCGUUUUUCACCAUUGCCUUUCCCCGAAGUGUUUAAAGCGACAGUCAGAGCCCUAACCAAAGCUAAAGAAAUGCUAGCUCAUGCUUUCUUAUUAUGCUGGGUAUCACUGUGAAAAAAAAUACUUCAAUUAAAUUUGUAGCCAAUGAUUUAUAAUUGAAUUUAUGGCCAGCACUUACUGUCAGUAACAUCCAGUUUCUAUCACUCAAAGGAAUCAAACCCAUGGUGUGAGACAGAACUUACCGAUUACGUUACUGUACUUGCGUCACCGUGAAACUUGGAUAUGAAUGGGCAUUUGAUAUCUACAUAUAACUUACAGUUUAAUGCAGUUCUAAUCUUGAAAUCAGUCCACAGCCCCAGACUGCCCCUUUCAACUCUGUUUUCUCGCUGAAAGUAACGUUCCUCGUUUGCGCCCAGUCGCUUUGACCACUCGGUGUUCAGCGCUGAAGUAAAGAGGUUCAACAAGGGUGGUUCGGUGGCUCGUAAACCACACGUCUUUCCCUAGCAAUGUGGCGUGCUAAGAAACAUGCACUUGUGGCUCAGGAUAUGCAUUUAUGCGCACCUGCCUCCUCAACUAUUACCCAGAUAAUAUUUUCUGUCUCUAUGAAGUAUAUUUUAUAUUCAUGGGGCCCCCCUCUUUCGACGUACGUCAUAUUGAUUGUUAUUGUAUGUGAGGCGGACCUUUUUUCACGAGGGGCACAACACACUAUAUCUCUCUUUCACUGUUUCCGUGAUAGCAUGUUAUACUGGUUCACGUGAUUUUAAGGCCAUUCAUAUUACAAGGUGGCUUACGUCACACAAGGAACUCCAAGUGCACAAACUAUGAGAACUUCGUUGUUGACACGAGCUCUUUCUUUGCAUAACGACGACGUGCUUGCAACUGGUGAACAUCUGUUGUGAUUUUGCAUCGGUAUCUGUGUUGCUAUAUAUUGUCACAUUAUUCGAUGAGUGGAAUAAAAAAAAUCUCCUGUUGAA